AUGUCUCUCCCCGACUUCUCCUCCGCUACCAACCUCGGCAAGCUCGACGGCUUCCUCGCCGACAAGUCCUACGUUGACGGUCACUCGCCCUCGCAGGCCGACGUUGCCGUUCACGAGGCUCUCGGCAAGGCCCCUGACGCCGACAAGUACUCGCACGUCGCCCGCUGGUACGAGCACAUCUCCUCCUACGAGGCCGAGCACAAGGACCUGACCGGCGACAAGUCCAAGGCUGCCACCCUGCUCUCGUCCACCUUCGCUGCCCCCGCCGCUGCUGCCGCUGACGACGACGACGAUGUCGACCUGUUCGGCUCCGACGACGAGGUCGAUGAGGAGGCCGAGCGUAUCAAGGCCGAGCGUGUCGCCGAGUACAACAAGAAGAAGGCUGCCAAGGGUCCCGGUGCCGCCGCCAAGUCGCUCGUCACCCUCGACAUCAAGCCUUGGGAUGACGAGACCGACAUGAAGGAGCUCGAGGCUGCAGUCCGUGCCAUCGAGAUGGACGGCCUCGUUUGGGGUUCCUCCAAGCUCGUCGCCAUCGGCUACGGUGUCAGCAAGCUCCAGUGCUCCAUCGUCGUCGAGGACGCAAAGGUCUCGCUCGACGAGCUCCAGGAGCGCAUCGCCGACGAGUGCGAGGACUACGUCCAGUCCACCGACGUCGCCGCCAUGGCCAAGAUCUAA